AUGGCGGCAGCAGAGACGCGUAGGCUGCUCGAGCAGCUUAUGGGCGAGCAGCUCAUGAGCGGCACCGACCAGCGCGCGCCGCAGCUCAGCAUCACCGACCCCAAAGUCUGUCGCUCGUAUCUAGUCGGAAACUGCCCGCACGAUCUCUUCACAAACACAAAGAACGAACUGGGCCCCUGCUCAAAGGUGCACAACGAGGCGCUCAAGACGGAGUACCAAGACGCAGACGUAGACCAGAAGCGCAGGUGGGGCUUUGAGUUUGACUACAUGAGAGACAUGCAGCAUCACAUUGACAGCUGCAACCGCAAAAUCGACACGGCUCAGCGAAGGCUGGAGAAGACACCUGAAGAGAUUCGGCAGACGAAUGCCUUGCUCAAAGCGAUCAACGAACUCACCAAGUCGAUCGACGCCGGCAUGCUUGAGAUUCAGAUCAUGGGCGAAGAAGGCGUUGUCAACAUGGCCGUUCAGGAGUUUACCAAGGUCCGAAUGAAGAAGGCGGAGAAGGAGGAGCGAGAGAGGGAGCUGAGAGCCCUGUCAGACACAGGGGGCCCAUCCGGUCACCAGAAACUACAAGUGUGCGAUGUAUGCGGUGCGUACCUCAGUCGCCUUGACAAUGAUCGUCGAUUAGCAGACCACUUUUACGGCAAGAUGCACCUUGGCUACGCUCAGAUGCGCAAGUCCUACGAGGCCUUGCAAAAGGAGCUCAAGGGCCGUGCGCCACCUCGCGACGCCUAUCCGCAAUCGGGCGGCGACAUGGACGGCCCUCGAGGCGGUGGAGGAUGGGGCGGAGGUGGAUACGGAGGGGGCGGAUUCGGUGGCGGCCGCCGAGGAGGACGUGGUGGUGUAACGAGCAACGUCCUCCACCUCAAAACCGCCCCAAACGCGCCCCAUCUCAUUCCUCCAUCCUCGAAACACCUGCUCAAGCUUCGCAAAGCGAGGAAUAUUGCCUCCCAUGACAAUAACCGCCGGCAGGAUGAACCCAUUGCAGACAUCCAAGAAACGCUCAUCACCCUCGGGGGUCGGGUAUACAUGGCCGACGUGACUCUUGCAGGACAGCAAUUUACUCUCGUAAUUGACUCAGGCAGCUCAGAUACCUGGGUCGCGUCGUCGACUUUCCAAUGUCGAAAUCCCAGUACAAUGGGUUCCAUUUCUAGGGACAACCUCGCGCUCAGUCGGCCCUCGCUCAGUAAUCCACGAGUAGGAGGCAUGCUCGCCAUAGGGGGUAUACCCGACGUCGAGCAUGACGGCCAUUUCGUCACCGUGCCCAUUCAGCCUAUCUUCGAGGACAUCUACGCAUACUACUCCAUCGACAUUGACGGCUUCGACAUCACACCCCCCUCACCAUCCACACAUCGUUUGCGCCACGGUAGCUCCACCCGUCACUCCAAGCAGCAGCACCGCCAGCUCCUAGUCCCUAAAAUCGACCCAGCGGAUACGCCUGUCAAUGUCAUUCUCGACUCCGGCUCCUCUCUUGUUUAUUUGCCCAACAAUAUCACGGAUUAUAUUGCCGCGCUGUUCAGUCCGCCCGCCAAGUACAGUGCUUCGUUGGAUCUGUAUACAGUGCCUUGUAGUGCGUCUGCCCCGCGCUUUGGCGUUAUUAUCGAUGGGAGGACUUUCUAUAUGAGUGAGGAUGAUCUUAUGAAUAGGACGCCGGGUCCAUCGUCCAAGUCAGCGAGAAAACUGUGCACUUUAGCAGUGCAGAGAGCGGGACAGGGAACUCUGGUCUUGGGGGAUUCGUGGUUGAAGAAUGUGCUGGUCGUUUUUGAUUUGGAGAGGAAUGAAAUCAAGGUUGCGGGUCGGGAGAAUUAUUAG